CAGACGAAAGCAUCUGGAGUACAAAAGAUGAACCUACUUGAGGCAGCAAAAUCAGGGUUUUUGGUAUGCAUCCUGGGUUGCAUCUUCAUUUAUGCUUCUAUCCACCUACGGAAUACAGUGCCCAAAGCAGAGAGUGAGCAAAAAAUCUUCUCAGAAUUAGCAGAGUGUGGUUUUUACCCUGAUGAGCUUUGCUCAGCUCUCUUUGAAGGGAAAGAUGCUGCUCCUCAAAUUGGCCAGUUGUGCCAACAGGUUCUUCCCAGAAAGGGAAAAAUUACCUGUGUACAGACUCCUUGCAACUGUUCAGCUGUUCAGGAGAAACUCCACUUCAUUACGAGUCCACUGUCAGAAGAAGAAGGCAAUUUCUCCUUGGCAUACAUCAUCACCAUUCACAAGGAACUGGACAUGUUUAUAAAGUUACUGAGAGCCAUUUAUGUGCCUCAGAAUGUUUACUGUAUACACAUUGAUGAAAAGUCGUCAAAGGAUUAUAAGAGGGCUGUGCAAACCCUGGCUAACUGCUUUGAAAACAUUUUUAUUGCUUCCAAGAGGGAGACAGUUGUCUAUGCAGGAUUUUCUAGAUUGCAAGCAGAUAUCAACUGCAUGAAAGACUUGAUUCAUUCAAAAACUCAAUGGAAUUAUGUUAUUAACCUAUGUGGCCAGGAUUAUCCCAUCAAAACAAACAAGGAACUUAUACUAUAUAUUAAAACCAAGUGGAAUGGUAAAAAUAUAACUCCAGGAAUUGUUCAACCAUCUUAUAUGAAACACCGAACAAAUAUAAGUUACAAAGAAUAUGUUCAUUUAGAAAAAUCUUAUGUGCAUCCAACUAAGAAUAUAAAAAGUGAGCCUCCACAUAAUUUGACAAUAUAUUUUGGAAGUGCUUACUACGUACUCACCAGAAAAUUUGUAGAGUUUACAUUGACCGAUGUACGUGCAAAAGAUUUGCUUCAAUGGUCAAGGGACACCUACAGUCCUGAUGAGCACUACUGGGUCACCCUGAACCGUCUACCAGAUGCUCCAGGUGCAACACCAGAUGCACGAUGGGAAGGAAAUAUACGAGCUAUCAAGUGGCGAGAUCAAGAAGGGAAAGCCCACAAUGGCUGCAAAGGUCAUUAUGUCAGAGACAUUUGUGUGUAUGGACUUGGGGACCUGAAGUGGAUCAUUGACGCUCCUCAUUUGUUUGCCAACAAAUUUGAGCCAGGUACCUACCCAUUAGCAAUGGAAUGCCUGGAGAGGCAACACAGGCUUAAGGUACUCCAGCAGGCUGAAGUCCCACUGGAACCACACUGGCAUUUGCAAGAAUACUCUUUGCUAAACAUGAUGCCAAAAACCAAUUAACCAUGGCUAAUAUU